AUGGUGGUGUUGUAUCUCACCACGGCUGCUCUGCACCCUCAGGAGUUCUCACUGGUCAUCUAUGGACUUUUAUACUUCCUCUGCAUUCCUAGUGGCUAUCUGCUGUUAGCUAUUUACUCCAUAGUCAACAUGAACAAUGUGUCGUGGGGUACACGUGAAACUGGUGGCCAGGCUAAGACUGCAGCAGUCGGUGCCAUCAAGAAGCACAUCUUGCAGGCCGGGUGUUGUAAGUGUCUAUGUUUGGGAUCUCGUGAAGAUGCGAAUGAGGAGAUACCAAAACCUGAAACCACAACAGGGACUGAAAAGGUGCAGGUUCAAGUUCCUUUGGAAACAAAAAGGUCACGCAAUGGCUCACUUUCAGAUUGUGCUUGGAUUGAACAUCUAAAGGAGUCUUACGACUUUCACAAGUCAACUCUAACUAAGGAUGAAAACGAUUUCUGGAAAGAUCUGCAGAAAAAGUAUCUAGAGCCUCUUAAAGAAAGCAAAGAGCAACAAGAUACAAUUGCAAAUGAUCUGAGAGAACUGAGAAAUAAGGUGGCAUUUGUUUUUUUCUUCUGCAAUGCGCUUUGGUUAGUGGCAACAUUCUUCCUUCAAGCCAUUGGUGACUAUAUCUCCAUAAAGAUCCCAAAGGUCUAUCCCAAUGGGACUCAUUCCACAACAGAAACGUUUUCUCUUGAUCCAAUUGCGCUGAUGUUUCUACUGAGCUUUGCGUUAUUGCUGAUAAUGCAAUUUUUUGCGAUGCUUUACCACAGAAUAUACACAUUAAUCCAUUUUGUGGCGUAUGUGGAUACAGAAAUCAAAGAUUUAAGAAAAUAUUCAAUUCCGAACGUAGACUCCAGCAUCCAGCAUGAGAACAAAGAGCCAGACACAAGCUUGUUUUUUCACAACCCAUCUACUCCAAGAGGAUCUGUAACUUUGGUAUAAGCUCUUGCGUCAGAAAUAAUUCUCAAUUCACAAUUAUGGCUGACUGUUAUAUAGCUAGCAAUACACAUUUUAUAGAAUGUUUGUAAUACUUAUUGAAGUGAAUAACCUAAAAAUAUUUUGAGGAAUAAAAAAUAUGAUUCUGACUUCAUAUAGCUACUUCUAAAACCUGUUUUUUUUAAGUGCGUCUUAUAUUUUGUCCUUUGAAUGAUUUGAUAUGCCAUCUACAGAGGAAAAAUAAUAUUUUGUACAAAUCCAGUUGAUCUUUAUCUUGGAGCAUUAAAGGUGGUAAGGAGCAACAAAGUAAAAAAAACGUUGACUUUUGGGUUUAGAUGGCACUCCUCCAAUCUAUUUUUUAUUGAAUACAAGUGCUGCUUUACAGUCAUUGCCUCGUGAUCUUGUUUGAACCUAUUUUUGUUUUUCUGGAAUGUUUAAACAAAAGGAGGCAUGCUCGGUUCCUCAAAGGAAACAUGCAUGCAAUGUCUAGUGCCAAGGUCAAGGAAUGUAAGCAAUUUUGAAAAGCUUCUAUUUAAGUCUAAUUGUUUUUGAAAUAUUAGUAACCUUUUUGAGUUGUUUUUCAGAUACCUGUUUUAUAUUUUUUGUAAAUAAAACUAUGGUAUUUCCUGUUGCAUGAUGAGGUACGAAGAACUAAAUGUUGCUGGCUGAAGUUUGAUGCGUGCAAGAGUAGGUUGGGAACCGGUUCCGCUGUCUAUUCUGGAGCUAUAAUAACAGUAAUUUUCACAUUUUUGUAAUUUUGUUUUUCAUGAAAACAAACAAAAACAAAAACUGGAACAAAAUGUCAAACAGGAUUAUGUUCUUAUAUAGGAUUAUUUGAAACCCAGUUCAAUUUAUUCAAAUAUUUAAAAUAGGCCUAAAUAACCACAUCAGGUUAUUUGUAGUUCAAAGUAGAGAAUGAUAAAAUAAAUGUUAAGAGUCAAUGUCAAAAUGUUCACACAUGGAUAUAAUAUACAUAAUAAUAAUUGAUUGCAAAUGUGUAAUUGAAAUAUUCCUUUGCUACUUUUUUCAGAAUAUAGUACGGGCAUCAAGACAAUGAUGUUUAACCUAUAGUUGUAUCAAAGUUAAUGAGAAAAUCUUUUAUCUCUCUUGAUUUUUACUUUUUACUGUACCCAGAGUGUCAACUAACUUGGGGAAAACUGCUUUUUCUUAUUAUGCACCCUGGUCAUGGAAUAAUUUGUAAAAAAGAUUUACAGUUAGCUGAUAUCUAUGAAUUAAUUCAAGAAGAUUUUAAGGAAUGUGGUAAAGCAGACAUGUGAUUGUUUCCUUUAGAAACAUUUGUGUGUGAUUAAGUGUUGCUGUUUAACUUAUAUUUUAAUUGUUUGUAAUCUCAAUGGGACUUCCUGGAAAAAUAAAGGUAAAAUAA